CAGCUGCUGCCGCCGCCGCGAGUCCCGGGCUGAGAGCGCGCGUGUGUGUAGCGGGCACCAUGGCUGGUGGGUCUGAACCCUGCGUUGAAAUAUUCGAGCAACCCAGGCAGAGAGGCAUGCGUUUCAGGUACAAAUGUGAAGGACGAUCAGCAGGCAGCAUUCCAGGAGAACGUAGUACCGACAGCAAUAAGACAUAUCCCUCUGUAGAGAUUCUGAACUUUGAUGAUAAAGUGAAAGUAAGGAUUACAUUAGUGACAAAGAAUGAGCCCUACAAGCCGCACCCUCAUGACCUGGUUGGAAAAGACUGUAGGGAUGGCUACUAUGAAGCAGAAUUUGGACGAGAUCGCAGAGUCCUAUCUUUUCAGAAUUUGGGCAUUCAGUGUGUUAAAAAGAGAGACCUGAAAGAAUCAAUCUGUUCACGAAUCGCAAGAAAGAUCAAUCCAUUCAGUGUGCCCGAAGAACAGCUGCUCAAUGUUGAUGAGUAUGACCUCAAUGUCGUGAGACUCUGCUUUCAGGUGUUCCUCCCUGAUGAACAUGGCAAUUGCACGAUACCACUUCCUCCCGUCAUCUCCAACCCUAUUUAUGAUAACAGAGCUCCUAACACAGCAGAGUUGAGAAUCUGUCGUGUGAACAAGAACUGUGGAAGUGUAAAAGGAGGAGAUGAAAUAUUUCUACUGUGUGACAAGGUUCAAAAAGAUGAUAUAGAAGUCAGAUUUGUCUUGAAUGAAUGGGAAGCCAAAGGUAGUUUCUCACAAGCUGAUGUACAUCGCCAAGUCGCUAUUGUAUUCAAAACCCCACCAUUUUACAAAGACAUCACUGAACCAGUUAUGGUAAAGAUGCAGCUGCGAAGACCCUCUGACCAGGAAGUCAGUGAGUCGAUGGAUUUUAGAUAUCUACCAGAUGAAAAAGAUCCUUAUGGUAAUAAAGCGAAAAGGCAAAGGCAAAUAUCAACAUUGGCUUUGCAAAAGCUCAUGCAGGAAUAUGGUCCCAAUGUGUCCGAGAGGCCCAAAGCAGCUCCAUUCCGGUCUAUCCCUGGCGAAGGGAGGAUAAUUAAGAAAGAACCAAAUAUGUUUUCUCAAACUGCGAUUAUGCCGCUGCAGAGAACUCCUGUAAGCACCAGUCAAAUUCCAUCUUACUAUUCCCCACCCACAUGCAAUUCAAAUCCAAUCCCACAUCAGCCUACAAACGUGCAGGCCGUGGGACCGGUUAAGCAUGAUGAAGCUCUUUCUUCAUGUUGGCAUUCCCCAUGCUCCUCUUCUUCAUCAGGCAACACAGUUAAUACACACCCACAGAACAGUUUUGUGAUGGAUGCACUUCACCCUAACCCACAGAGUAGCAGUUCUCUCUCAGCUCUUCAUGAAAAUGUUCUGAACUGGACUGAUCAAAAGGAUAUAAACUACUAUAGAGAUUUCACCAGCACAAAUGGUAUAGGAUCAGCAAUGUCACAGCAAGACAUGCAGAAUGUCUCUGAUAGCAGCAUCAUGCAUCAGGCUCACACCAUAAACGUCACAGCACCCAGCAUUGUUAACAUGGAGACUGAUGAAAUGGGAUGCAUGAGCAUGAACGUAGAAAAGACAUCGUUUAAUCAAGUUUUAAAUCCAAGUGAUCACAGGAGGCAAAUCCAUCAGGUGCCUUCUACCAGUACAUCUCUAGCAGCUUCUUGUAGCUCAUCCUUUAGUUCACAGUCCAACGCAUUUCAUUCAGCUGCUUACAGUUUCCUAGACCCUCAAGUUAUGAACGAAUCACCCAGCAAUCUUAUUCAGAAUAAUCAAAAUAGUGCUUCCAAUAGCCAGUACUAUACAGAUGGGACCCAAGGUGAAGAAGAGCUUUUGAGCGCCUUUGGAGUCACUUUAGAGGCUCUAUUGCAGAACUUCAACCACUGAGUCUCUGUUUUGCUGUCAGUCUGAAAACUAGUAUCCAAAAUUUCUCUAAUGGCCAGAGACAGACAACAGACAAUUUAUAUGUAAUUGAAUAUUCAUAUUCAUAGUUACUGCUGUGGGAGCCUAACUUUUCCUCUCAGAAUGUUUGUCAGUGCAACUUAUUAUGCACGUUUCAGACUACAAUUAGGGUGGCUGAUCAAAGGUUGAUGCCACAUUAAAGGUGACAUUAGGGAAUAGGGUUUGGGAAUUUGUACAUCAAAAUAACCCCAUAUAAUUUUUUUACAGUGUUGGAAAGGGGUAGUGAAGGGGGCUGCUAAGUGCUAAAGAUCUCCUGCACUCAGCAGAAGCUCACCGAUGGAAACAAGUAUCUUCAUAGGGGCUACAUUUAUAUAAUUUAAGGGAAAGAAGUAGUUGGAAACGAAAACAGUUGUUGCUUCUUACAAAAUUAAUUUAAAUUUGCUAAAUAACAAACCAGACAAUCCAGGAAUUGUCCUGCUGGUGUACAGCAGUGGCCCAUUUAGUCCUCUUAAUAUUUUCUUCUUACUUGAUAGCGCUAUCUCAACAUUUUUUAUAUAUACAUUUUUAUUGCUAAACUUAGCUUAUGCACUGAUUUUUUUUUUUUCACAUUUAUAUGUUCACUCCAUUUGCUUAGAAAGCAAAUUUAGUCUUAAAAAUGGUAAUGACUAUGUCAUUGUUAGGUCUAUUUAAAAAUAUUAGAAUGUUCCCUGGAGUUCUUAAAUAGUGCAGCUAUGGUGUGACAUGAAUUAUUGAACAAAGAAGCAAAACCAUUUUGCACUGUUCUCUUGGUAUUUUUUUUUACCGUAAUGUACUGGAUGCUUUAUGAAUGGUAGCAUGGGAUUGGUACUGUAAGGAAUAUACUUUUUUGGGUUGCAUGUGUUUAUUUUGAAUUACAUAAAAUAUAUUGGGUCAGAUCCUCUUACAUACACCUCCUUUCUGGUGACUUUGGGCCAAUCUAAAACAGUUGAGAGUCCCCUUGCAUAGGAGAAUCCUGGGUGACACAAACCUCUGUACCACCUACUUCUGGCUCCUGGCAUCAUAGGGGGAAGGAGAAGGUGUGGCCAAAAUAUGCUGUGCUCUGGGCAUCCAGAGUCAUUCCACUCAGUGCUAAUUAGGAUCCCCAUCUGCACCCUGAAUAAGGGGCUAUGCCCUAGCUCC